AUGGUCGUCGGCUUAGGAGGACGACAAGCUGCCGACGAGGAAGCCAGAGCAGAAGUCGAUGUAUUGAAAAGUCGUUUGGAGAAAACGAGUCAAUUGACAAAAAAGAUUCAAGCCAGUUUAGGAAGAUUGGAUGCGACAGGAAAAGGGGUGCAGGAAGCGAUUGGUCCCAUUUAUGGAAAUACUCAAAAGCUUCAAAUUCUAGGCCAGAAUAUCGAUGGAGUUAUUGCAGCGAUCGAUAAAGUACGACAACCAUCAGACAUUAAGAGCAAUGAGGAGGAGAUUAUUAGGAAAGGCCCGGAAGCCGUCGGUUUGGCGGUAUUCCUCAGUUCUGUCAAGCGUGUCAAUAAAGCUCUCGCAGAUAUGAAACGGACGAACUUACGAUCGAAUCAACAAGCUAUGGUUGAGCUAAGCAAGUUAUCGAAAUCGGGAAACACUCAACUGGAAUCGUAUUUCCAAGGACUCCUUCAGGAAGAUUCACAACCACUCGAACCUCUACAUUACAUCACAAAGAAUCAGCCAUUUCCUCUACUAUCUCAGGACAAAACUACAAGAUUGGGUCUAAUUACGAACUAUAUUGGGUCGGUUGUUAGACAAUCUGGAUUUGUUACGGAAUCGCCAGUUAUGCAAUCAUAUGCAAAUGUUCGGGGUCCAUUUUUGAAAACUACAUUACAAAAUUUAGCCUCCGCAUCAAUGAAUACCGCAAAGAAGAAGACACCAGAUGCUGUGUAUCGACAAGGAACCAAUGGAAUUGGAACAUAUGCGAUGGGUAUGGAGGGAGCUUUCUUGGCCGAGUACGACAAUAUAUGCGCUCUUUUCACUCGCGAUGAAUGGGGUAAAGUCUUCAAUUUGACUUGUCAAGGAGCCAUAGCGGAAUUAUCACGAACUCUUCGAGAAUUGAAUAACCAUAUCAAAUCGAACUUGACAACUGAUUGUUAUCUUGCCUAUGAGAUUGUUGAAAUCAUUUCAAAUCUCUCUUCAAACCUGGAAAGUAGGACGGGGGAAUUGAAACCCUCCUUCGCUGCAGCUCUUAAACCCAUAAGAGAAACUGCCAAAGGUUCACUGGCUGAACUCCUGGAUGACACUCGACGAAAGAUAAACCUGCUACAAGUAUUACCCACUGAUGCCGCGACAGUUCCCAUGACCACUGAAACCAUGACGCGAUUACAAACCAUGGUUGAGUUUCUUCGACCUAUUUCUAGCAUCAUGAUCUCCAUUGGUGACGGCGGCUGGAAAUCUAGUGGUACCCCUCAAGGUUCAACCGACCAAAUUCCGAGUCUUAACUCUUUCGACGUUAAUGCAGAUGGGAAACAAAUAUUUGCAAACUACUGCAUUGACACGAUUGAAGCUCUUCUUUCAAGUCUGGAACAAAAAGCCAAGGUAUUACUCAAAGGUGGUAAACCUGCUUUAGGAGUUUUUCUUGCGAACAAUGCAACGAUUGUGAUGCGCAUGAUUGAGGGAAGUGAGUUGAAAGGAUUGCUUGCACCAAAGAUUGGAGAGAUAGAGAAAUGGGUCAAAAGUGGUACAACUCUUUACACGGCUGCAUGGCGUGAACCAUCUGGCUACCUCCUUGACGUCCAAUACACAAACCGUGGUAAUGCACGCCCACAAUCCGGUUCUGGCACUAGUGGCAUUGAUAGUGCAGCUGUUGUUAAAGCUCUUGGCUCCAAAGAGAAGGAUCAAAUUAAGGAGAAAUUCAAGAUGUUUAAUCAAUCUUUCGAUGAAUUGGUACAGAGGCAUAAGUCAUUAAUGAUGGAGAGAGAAGUGAGGGAAGUUUUGGCAAGACAGGUGUCAAGUCUGAUAAAGCCGUUAUAUGAUCGAUUUUAUGAUAAAUAUUAUGAGAUUGAUAAAGGAAAGGGGAAAGAAAGAUCAGCUACUGGAGAGACAACAGUUUGGCUCGGUGGGGUAGCAUGUCCUUGA